UCAAAAUAACGUGCAGCGUCCAGAUUGGUAUAAAACCGGAGGGUCCGUCGACGUUUGAUCAGUUCUGUCGUCGCAGCCAACUUCAGAUACAAUAAACCAUGGGUACUGUAAACAAGGUACUGACGGGAUUCGUCAUCGCACUGGUGGGCGUCGGAUUUGUUCUCUGCCAUCCGGGAGGACAUCAUCACGGAGGCGGAGGCGGAGGCGGAGGCGGAGGCGGACACGCUCAUUCCUACCAACAUUUCCACGGACCGGUUGUGGGAGCUGGACAAGAAGUUUCCUGGAAGGACAAACACGGUCAUCAUCAUACCGACUACGUGGCGUACCCGAGCUACGAAUUUGCCUACGGAGUCGCGGAUCAUCAUACGAAGGACAUACACAACCAGAAGGAGCAUCGAGACGGGAAAAACGUCGCCGGAGAGUACAGCGUUCACGAGCCAGGUGGCAAUGUGAGGACGGUCAAAUAUCACGCCGACCAUCACGGGGGUUUUCACGCCGUCGUCCAUAACAGCGGCGGCAAUGAUCACUCCGGGGGGAGCUACGGCGGACACGGACACGGAAACGGGGGCGGCGGAGGUCACGGACACGGACACGGAAACGGAGGCGGCGGAGGUCACGGACACGGACACGGAGGCGGCGCAGGUCACGGACACGGCGGCGGAGGCGAGGGUGGUUACGGUGGCCAUGGGCACGGCGGAGGAGGCGACGGUGGUUACGGAGGACACGGACACGGCGGAGGAGGCGAGGGUGGUUACGGUGGCCAUGGGCACGGCGGAGGAGGCGACGGUGGUUACGGAGGACACGGACACGGCGGCGGAUACUAAUAGAAGCUAUACACCACCGGACCACGUAACCGUAAAAAUAGGCGACUGUUGGAGAAGAUGAGCUCGGUGUCAGCGUGUCUCGGCAGAGAAUUCCACCGGCAGCAAUAUAAGACGCGAGGACUUUAACGGGAGUAGCUUUUGGACGCCCCGUCAUGCCACGUCACGUUUAUCCUCUCGGUAUACCGUAGCGACAACCGGUGCCGAAUGGAAUAUCUGCCGGUGAUACAGACGCUGUACGAUACUACUCUUUCUUCGCCAGUCGUUUUAUCGAAGUGAUAAAUGUUCUUGUUUCCGAGUAUUCUAGGGAUAAUGAAGUUGAAUAAGUAAUCUCUCAGCUGCUUGUUAAAGGCUGAACAGUUGUUGUUAUCUAGAUGUGUAAUUAGCGUGUAAACGUGAUCUUUAACUCCUCUUAACUUACGAAUCGACGUCAUGUUUAUUCAAUAAAACAGUACUGCGAUCGGAAUAUUA